AUGUUGACACCUCUCGGGUCGCGACCGCAACUGCAUGCGGAAUGGAUUGCCGCUCCGACGGAACCAUUUGGCGUCCAUCCCGUGCGAUUGUUGCAAAUUGUACUGCACAAUCAUGGCGCCAAUGUGCUGCUCGACAUAAAACAAACGCGACGCGUCUUGCAAACUGUGGAUCGCAUUCGCACGACACAUGGCUAUGAGGAGUUGUGUCAACAGGGCAUUUACCGCAAUUUUGACAAUCAAAUCACGUGUCGCAUUUUCAGUGUCAGUGGAUUUUGGAACGAUCAUUCAUUGGACCACUUUGAUGACACUGUGUCUACGACGCAAGAACUCCAUCAAAUCAUUAGCGGUCCCACAUUUGCCGAUGGAUCUCCGGUCCUUCACGAUUCCAUUGUUGGUAAUUACCAGCGCAACAACAACAACACGCUCAUUACAUUUGCCCAAUCCUUUUUGGUCCGUCUCGAAAUUCCCGAUACCGACGACACCAAUGCGUUUGAAUCCAAACUGCUGGGAGGAUUGGACGAGUUGCGUCGAGAAUGGAUGAUGGAUGACACUGAUCCAGUGCUCACGAUGGAUUUCAUGACGGUCUUUGCGUACCAAUUGGAAGCCCUUGUCAACGUCAUUGGAGAUUUGUAUCUCGUGGCAUUCUCGGCACUUCUCAUGGUCGGAUUCACGUGCUUGCUCUUUUACAAACGCAAUCCAAGCGAAUCGAGAAUGCUGUUGGGAGUCGCAUCGGUCACUACCAUUUGUUGCAGUCUCAUGGCGGGAAAUGGACUCAUGUUUUUGAUGGGUGUCCCCUAUUCGCUCAUUCAUCAAAUGCUGCCCUUUGUCAUUUUCGGAAUUGGGUUGGAUGAUACAUUCAUCAUCACCGGGGCGUACUUUCGAACGGAUCCCCAGGCACAUGUCCAAGACAGAAUCAGAACCACCAUGCAAGAAGUGGGAUGGAGUAUUUCGGUCACUACCUUGACGACUGUCUUUGCCUUUUCACUGGGAUACUUUACCUCCAGUUUUCCAGGAGUGCAUUGGCUGUGUCUUUCCGCCAUGGCCACCAUUUCCAUUGAUUUUUACUUUCAAAUCACAUUCUUUGUCGCAUUGCUCGUUCUAGAUGAACAAAGGGUACAAGCCAAACACAAGGAUUGUUGUUUUUGGAUUCCACUUGUAGUAGAAGAUACUACUCCACAAGAACAACAAGACGAUGACAUGCUUGUGCUCCACGCCAAGAAUAUUGUCGAUGUGGAUGAAUUGUUGGAACUAGAAGAAGAGGAGGAGGAGGAGCUUGAAGAAGAAGAAGAAGAGCAAAUCAAGAAAGUCUCCACGAAGGAUAAUGUCACUUCUAGUUCCACUACCGAAAAGACUUUGGCGGCCGACGAAAUGGAGCGGAACGAUGUCGUACACAAAGGCGAAUCGAUGGGCCACGAAUCUGGUGAAAACAAUCACGAGGACAGUCCCGUCGACACGCGUCCUAUUCCCGAACGCAUCAUGAGUCGCUACGCCGAUAUACUGCUAUGUCCCAAAACAAAAGUAUUGGUACUCGCCGUAUUUGCCACCUUUUUUGCGUAUUGCUGUUGGAGUGUCACUUGUCUGACGCAAGAAUUUGAUGUUGGAGACUACGUACGGGAUGACUCGUAUCUGAAAAACGUCUUUACCAGCCUCCACGAGUACAGCAGUGUCGUCCGACCCAUGGCACUUUACUUUCGUCAUGUCGAUCAAUCAUCACCUGCGAUGCAACAGCAAAUGAUCGACUACGUAGAAGCCAUGGAGGCACUGCCACAAGUAUUGGCAUUGGAAGAAGACGACAAUAAUUUGACAUCAUCGACAUUGGAAGCGGGCUUUACAGGAGGAGUGGACAAGAUCCGUCCGUUUUGUUGGGUCCGAGACUUUCAACAACUGGAACAAUUGCUGGUGGAUCAGCCUCCCAUUGUGCUGGCGACGUUUCAAAACAUGACCUUUAACGAAAAACUGGACUUUGCACUGUCUGACAAGAUUCUUCGAGAAGUGUACGGUCAGGACAUCAUCCGGGAUGACGAGGGCAACAUUCUCGCGUCGCGGUGCUUUCUCUUUUUACAAGAUUUGGAUUUGAAAGAUGUCGAAGCACAGAUUGAUAUGUUGUUUGAUCAACGGAGUGUGUCGGAAAGUCAACCUGUCAAUCAACAAAUACACCACCAACACGAUUGGGCGUUCUUUGCCCAUGAUGAAUUGUUUGGAUAUUGGGAAGCGUACGCUGUGUCAGUUCAGGAACUCUGGUUUACUAUUGUAGCUGGAGUCAUUGCUGUCACGUUCAUUGCCUUCGUGUUCGUUCCUCAUUGGACUGGAGCAUUUUUGAUCUGUCCGCUGAUUGUCAUUCUUUACAUCAACAUGCUGGGAUCAUUGCAAAACCUUGGACUACACAUCAAUGGCUUCACAUACGUGUGCGUGGUGGUUUCCAUUGGACUGCUUGUGGACUUUUUGAUUCACGUGCUGCUACGAUACUUCGAGUGUCCUCCUGGACUGACUCGCGACGAACGCGUCAAGCAGACGCUGGAGACAAUGGGAGCAUCCAUCUUAAUUGGUGGAACUACAACCUUCCUUGCAGUGAUUCCUUUGGCGAUCAGUUCCCUCAAGAUCUUUCAAACUGUCUUCAAUGCCUUCUUUGCCAUGGUUGCCUUGGGAGUCACGCAUGGGUUGAUCUUGUUGCCCGUGGUGCUGUCGCUGAUUGGGCCGACAACCAAUGUCGACCAUAAUAUGAGCACAGGCGGUGGCGACAACGCGGAGGACCCUUCAUCCAAGGACGACAAGGAUCUGCAAGGUAGUCCCGCGAGUGCUUUGACCUGGGCAACCAGCGCUAGCUUUGUGGAUCCCGUCGAUGUGGAUAAUAUGAAUCUUCACGUGGAGACUUUGAAAGUCAUUGCUGAAGCAAGCGAGCACAGCGAGGAAAGUCUAGAAGAUAUGGGCUCUGAAAGGUCCGCAGAAUCUGAUAUUUUCCCUUCGAGCACAAUCAGCGAGGCGAGUGCGUGA